GGUAAUGCCCUAGCGGGGAAGGGGCCCACAGACACCCUGUGGGAGGCAGGGUAAGAGAGGAAGGGCAGGACCCAAGGGUUGACUCCGCCGGGGAUCUACAGAGCCGCUUGGUCACUGCGGGGCCGGGGGUGGCAGCCACAGCAGCCUCGGGGACCUCAGCCACUAUGGCCUCCUGCCCAGACUCGGACAAUAGCUGGGUGCUUGCUGGCUCAGAGAGCCUGCCUGUGGACACUCUGGGCCCAGAAUCCAGGCUGGACCCAGAAUCCGAGGGAACUCCGCAGGUCCCUGGGGACCCCUCCAUGGCAGCUGCUGAAGAAUUAGCUGGGACCUGGGAUGGAAAAGAGACCCUCUCCCAGAGUGAAAGCUCCCAGCCUGGUCCCAUUCUGCCAGAGGAGACGGAGGCCAAGGGUGUCCUGGAAGGUGACAGUCCUGGUAUGGAGGCCCCUUCUGGAGACACAGCAGCCCAGGGAGACGUGGAUGAGACCCCUGUGGUGGCAGACCUGGGACCAGACCCACAGGACCUGGAGGAUCAGAGCCUCCCACAGAGCCUGCCCUCAUCCCCCAAAGCAGCGUGGGUCCAGGAGGAGGCCUGCUGCUCCAGCAGUGAGGAUGACACCGAUGUGGACGUGGAGGGCCUGCGGAGACGGCGGGGCCGGGAGCCCAGCACCCCUCAGCCUGUGGAGACCCUGGGCACGGAGGACCAAGCCGGAGGCGAGGGUGCGGGUGGGGAGCUGGGCAUCUCUCUCCACAUGUGCCUCCUCGGGGCCCUGGUUCUGCUGGGCCUGGGGAUCCUUCUCUCUGGUGGCCUCUCAGAGUCUGGGAGUGGGCCCAUGGAGGAAGUGGAACUACAGGUCUUCCCGGAUCCUGGCUUAGAUACUGAGGAGCCGGGUGCUGUGGGGGAUGGGCAGGAUGGGCUAAGGCAGCAGCUGCAGGCUUCAACGUCCCCUGACAGUGUCCCCAGCCUGCAGAACAUGGCCCUUCUGCUGGACAAGCUGGCCAAAGAGAACCAGGACAUUCGGCUGCUGCAGGCCCAGCUGCAGGCCCAGAAGGAGGAGCUUCAGAAUCUGAUGCACCAGCCCAAAGGGUUAGAAGAGGAGAAUGCCCGGCUCCGAGGGGCCCUGCAGCAGGGUGAGGCCUCCCAGCGGGCCCUGGAGUCAGAGCUGCAGCAGUUGAGGGCCCGGCUUCAGGGUCUGGAGGCUGACUGUAUCCGGGGCACAGAUGGGGUAUGCCUCAGCUGGGGCAGAGGCCCGCAGGAUGGCACGGACCCCAAGGAGCAAGGCCCCUGGAGGCAGGAGCCAGGCCCUGGCUUCCUGGGGCAGAAGGAACGGCUAGAAGCUGAGGCCCAGGCAUUACGGCAGGAGUUGGAGAGGCAGCGGCGGCUGCUGGGAUCUGUGCAGCAGGACCUGGAGCAGAGCUUGAAGGCUGUAGGCCGAGGCGACCCAGCUCAUGCUGGCCUGGCUGAGCUGGGCCACAGACUGACCCAGAAGCUACAGGGCCUGGAGGCCUUGGGCCAGCACCCUGGGGUCCCUGCCAAUGCUUCAGAGGCUUGGCAUAAGGGGACCCCCUUCCAGAAUUCCAGGGAGUGGACUGGUAAAGGAAAGUGGAGGGAUGGGCAGGGGGACCGGAAGGCUGAGCCCUGGAAGCGCAAGGAGGAGGAAUCUGGCCGGGAAAGGAAGAAGAGCUGGGAGAGUGAGGAGGAUGGGGAGCUGGCAGGGAGGAGGAAGGAGGGCAGGCCGAGGGAGGAGGAGUGGGGCAGCAAGAAGGAUGGCAAGCGACAGGGCCAUAAGGGGCCCCCCAGGAAAAGUCGGCGUCCCCGUUCCUCUGGAGAGGGGCAGAAGCACCCUCCAUGGAAGGAAGGGGCUAAAGGCAGGCCUGACCCCCUGCCACUCUGGGCAGAGCUGUCCAGGCACAAGUACCGGGCACCACAGGGCUGCUCUGGCGUGCACGAGUGUGCCCGGCAGGAGGGCCUGGCCUUCUUCGGCAUGGAGCUAGCCCCAGUGCGGCACCAGGAGCUGGCGUCGCUUCUGGAGACAUACCUGGCACGGCUGCCCUGGGCUGGGCAGCUGACCGAGCAGCUACCACUCUCGCCUGCUUACUUUGGUGAGGAUGGCGUCUUCCGCCACGACCGCCUUCGCUUCCGGGACUUUGUGGAUGCCUUGGAGGACAGCCUGGAGGAGGUGGCAGUGAGACAGACGGGUGAUGACGAUGAGGUAGAUGACUUUGAGGACUUCAUCUUCAGCCACUUAUUUGGAGACAGAGCUCUGAAGAAGAGGUCAGGGAAGAAGGACAAACACGUUGGGAGCCCCAGAGUUGUGGGGCCCAGGGAGGACAGCCAACACCGCCAGGACUGAGGCCUGGGGUUGCCUGACCCUGGGGACCAUUGAACUGCCAUCUCCCCUGGCCCGUUGGACUCCUUGGAUGUCCUUCACAGAGGAGAGUGGAAUCACCCAGCCCUGCACUGAUGCCACUUUUGCUAGAAAAAGGCCUUAGCUGGACCUGUCUUGCUAUCUAUGCAAAUGUAUGCAAAUGUCCAGGGCCCUGGGAUGUGACCCUCUGUGGCCUGAUUGUGUCCUGCCAGUGUGAUGGGGGAUAGGAGAGGGUGGGGGCAGCAUUCUGAUUCUGAAGCCAAAGAGCUUUCAUCCGUGUGUGCGUGCGUGCGUGUGUGUGUGUGUGUGUGUGUGUGUGUGUGUGUCCCCCUGAGGGGCCCCUUGGCUCCACAUGCUGACCCGUGCCCCCUUUCUGGCUGGAGGCCCGGCCCUGGGCUUUCCCUGGGGUUUUGUUAGAUUUGGAAGCAGGUGAAGUCCCUUUUUCACCCCUGCUUCUCACAUGGCCUCACCUUCCUGUGUGAACUGUUAACUCAAAUCCCAGUAAACUGCUACUGCAGCUGUGA